GUGAAGUCCCACCCAGGUGGAACCUGGUGAAUAAAUGGGACCGUGUAAGGCUGUUUGAAAAGUUGCAGACAUUUCCUCAGUGGAGACCAGAUUCUAAAGGGAAACAGUGUAGUUUUAUCUUUUAUUUCAUCAGACUUUCUCCGGGGGAGGAGGGGUGGUAUUGGAAUGAUGCAGGUCACUCUCUUCUGCCAAAUAGUUUCUGUGGCGUGGAAAAGAGUCUGUGGGACCAGAAGAAAAUGUAAAGAGUCGUGGAGAGCAACGCAGGCGUUGGCGUCAUUGUGACUGCACUGCUCUCUGGUUGUACUGUUGAGUGGGAUUGGGUCGUUUUUGAAAUGAGUCUACACCCAAAAUCUUCACAUCCGUAACCGCAAAGUAUGGAUCCCCCGCAGGAGGCUGGCAAAUGUCAGUAUCAAGUUCAAGUGCUGGUGUCAGAUUCUCCCUGGAGCCAGAACUGAUUUGAAACCACAUGGUCCUGGAGUUGUGGAAGCCAGGCCUCCCUGGUAUAGUCCUGGGGUGCAUCUUACAAAAUCAGAGAGAGCCAGACCUGGAAGAGAUGUUUGAUUUGUUCUACUCCAACCUCCUUUUGCAGGUGGGGAAACUGAGGCCCAAAGAGGUGUUGCCCUUUGUUGGGUGAGGCCCAACAAAGGUAGAGACUAGAACCCAGAUUUUCUUAACACCAAUCCAGUUCUCUUCUGUCAGAACCACAGUGACUAUGUUCAGAAUAACUGAUAAUGUAUUUCCUGUACAAAGACAUUAGGACAGAAUAUUUAAACUCAAGAUUUUUCUGACAAUCAUUACAGCAGUCUGCUAAUUCAAUCCUGGGAUAAAAGAUAACAGGAAUACAACCCUUGCCUCCCCUGAAUUUAUAGCUUUAACCACUGGGUAUGGCUAUUCCAGCACUCUCUGGCAAUAUAUAUUCAUUUAAGGAAACUAGCGAACAAGUUUCAGGAAAACAUAAUCUAAUGAAUGAUUCAGAUAACUAAGCUGACGGUAAAAAAUGUGACAACUGCUAUGCUACAAGUAGACCAUUCAGCCAUUGCCAACUGGAGUUAGAAAUAUGUGACUCUUUACUCAUCCCAUCCCAGGAGUCCCAGAAAAAUGUUCAAGAGACCCACUCCCCUUAACCCGUGCCACCGGAGGCAACUCAGGGGAAGGGAGGGGAUGGCUGCAGAAUUGGGUGGGAUUCAGCAGACCCUCAGGGAUGACGGGGGUCCUCAGCUCAGGCAGGCUAUUAACUGGGGGGUGGGUCAUUGCAAGGGGCUUUGGGGAGAGCGGGAGCAGCUGGUGAGCUGGAGUGAGGAUGCAGCAGAAGAGAACGGAACAGAAAUAGUAGACAGAGUGCAGAUAAAACGCAAGUCCCAGAGGGCCCCCGCCAGCUACAUCCCAAGCAAUCAGGAGCCCAGAACCAGAGACCCCACCCCUGCUGUGACAUCACAGGGGAGUGGAGUGGAGAUGAACAUAAAGGGGGUCCCCCGCCCUGGCCCUGGCAUCUUGGCAGCCAGAGUGACAAGAGCAGAGAGAGCCUGGACACUGACUAGGGUUGCCUGGCUGAAAGGAACAGGCUCCCCAUUCCUCGAGCCCUUGUAAGCAGACGCUUCCAGGCUGUGAUCCCUGUCUCCCUGUCCCAAGGACCUCGCUCUCCUGAGGCUGCCAUCCGGCCCAUCCGAGUGGCCACUGAGCACUCUCUCAGCAUGAACUGCAUAUCAGACUUCUUUACCUAUGAGACCACCAAGUCGGUGGUUGUGAAGAGCUGGACCAUCGGGAUCAUCAACCGAGUCGUUCAGCUUCUGAUCAUCUCCUAUUUUGUGGGGUGGGUUUUCUUGCAUGAGAAGGCGUACCAGGUGCGGGAUUCCGCCAUUGAGUCCUCGGUGGUAACCAAGGUGAAGGGCUUCGGACUCUAUGCCAACAGGGUCAUGGAUGUGUCUGAUUAUGUGACCCCACCCCAGGGCACUUCUGUCUUUGUCAUCAUCACCAAGAUGAUCGUUACUGAAAACCAGAUGCAAGGAUUCUGCCCAGAGAGUGAGGACAAGUACCGCUGCGUGUCAGACAGCCAGUGCGGGCCAGAGCGCUUCCCGGGCGGGGGAAUCCUUACUGGCCGCUGCGUGAACUACAGCUCUGCGCUCAGGACCUGUGAGAUCCAGGGCUGGUGCCCCGCCGAGGUGGACACGGUGGAAAUGCCCAUCAUGAUGGAAGCCGAGAACUUCACUAUUUUCAUCAAGAACAGCAUCCGUUUCCCCCUCUUCAACUUUGAGAAGGGGAACCUCCUUCCCAACCUCACGGCCAGGGACAUGAAGACGUGCCGCUUCCACCCCGACAAGGCCCCCUUCUGCCCCAUCUUGCGGGUGGGGGACGUGGUCAAAUUUGCGGGGCAGGAUUUUGCCAAACUGGCCCGCACGGGCGGAGUUGUGGGCAUUAAGAUCGGCUGGGUGUGCGACCUGGACAAGGCCUGGGACCAGUGCAUCCCCCGAUACUCCUUCACGCGGCUCGACAGCGUCUCUGAGAAGAGCAGCAUCUCCCCAGGCUACAACUUCAGGUUUGCCAAGUACUACAAAAUGGAGAACGGCAGCGAGUACCGCACACUCCUGAAGGCUUUCGGCAUCCGUUUCGACGUGCUGGUGUACGGAAAUGCUGGCAAGUUCAACAUCAUCCCCACUAUCAUCAGCUCCGUGGCGGCCUUUACUUCCGUGGGAGUGGGGACUGUGCUCUGCGACAUCAUCCUGCUCAACUUCCUCAAGGGGGCCGACCAGUACAAAGCCAAGAAGUUUGAGGAGGUGAACGAGACAACGCUGAAAGUUGCGGCCUUGACCAGCCCAGCGUACCCCAACGACCAGACCACGGAGGAAAAGCAGUCCACAGACUCGGGGGCAUACUCCAUAGGCCACUAGGGCCUCUUCCCCGGGCCCCACACUCACCCUUGGGCUCCAGGCCUCCCACAGGGGACCCCAGCUGAGCAAGGGGGUAGGGGAGGAGAGGGGCUGUCAUUUAUGCUGCUCACCCCAUGAGGCCGCAGCUGGGACUCAGGCUUCUGGACCUCCCUUUCUCUGGCAGACAGGGAGGGCUCCCCGCUAAGACCCCAAUCUCACCUUCACCCCUUGCCUCCACCCCUUCUCUGCUUCCCAGGACCCCAGGGGCAGUAGCGCCUGAGUCAUCCCUUUCCAAAGCAUAGAGAUAAUAUUGUUAGGACAAGUGGCCUCAAGGGCCUACCUAGUGCCAGGUACUUUCACUCACAUUAUCUCAUUUAAUCCUUAGACUAAUCCUACAAGGUAGAUAUUAGUUUUCCUUGCUUUGAAGAUAAACCAAGGCUCAGAGACACUGAGUCAGUUGCCCCAGGCCACAGAGCCAGGAAGUGAGAGGGCUGGGAUUUGAACCCUGGCCUGACUAAAUCCACCACCCACACCCCUUGAGAGAAGAAUGAACUCCUAGGGGUUCAGCUCUGCUGCCUCAGCCGCCUCCACCUUGACCGUGACUCGGUUAAUAGCGAGUAAGCCCCAGGCUUUCCGCAGGAACUCCGGCCCAUUUUAGGGGAGGCCAGUUGGACAGUGGUGCAGGGUCUCAUCUCUGACUUGGGUGGGUCUCAGAUUCAGAAGGAAACAGGAGGCAUGACUGUCGGUGAACUUUUCCUUCCCUUACUCCACAGCUCUGUCCCCAGAUCAGGGAAGGGGCCGUUCCUGUUCUCCCUCUGGGACCUCACAUGUUCCCACACACUUCUGGGCCCCUCACUCUGGGAGCCAGAUUAGGCUACCCCCAGGCUGGGAGGUGGUUCCAGACCCAGGGUCCUGUCUUUGUAGGCUGGGGCCCUGUUCCCAGAAGUCAGCAGUCCUCACCUUGGUGAGAAGGUUCCAGUGAGGCCCAAUUCCCUGAGAGCUGACCAGCCAGGCCUGUCCCCACAGAGUCCCAGUACAGUGCUCAGUCCCUAAGCUUAGAAGGUAAAGGGGCCCUAGAAACUGUCUUGUCAACUCUCCAGAGGAGCAAACUGAGCCCAGAAAGGGAAAAUGACUUGUCCAGUGCCACACAGCGGCCAAAAGAGACCCAGGUGUCCUGCUUCUCAGAGAAGGAGGCAAGAAUGGGAAGCUGGAACCCCUGCCUCCACCGGCCCAGACAUCUCCCAUCCCAUUUCUGUCCUCCCCUCCUACAAUGAGAAGCCCCCAAAUCACACCUGGGGAGAGCUCAGGGGCAGACUCAGUCCUGCAAACCUGCAAUUUGGAGGCAUCUUUUGAAAAAUAAUAUGGAAUUAGAUAUUAGGAGGGGCUCAUGCAAGUGACUGGCCCUAAAGUAUAUGUUUCAUUAGCUUCACGGUAAGUCCCUGGAAAAGUUGGAGUGGGCGUAAUCAUGAGGUUUAAGCAGACAGGAGCUUAACUGCAGAUGGAGAGCUAGUCCCUCAACAGAAGGUGCGGGCACUGGGAGAGGGAACAGCCUCAGGAGUAGCUCAGGAGGCUCAAACAGUGGGCACUUGCAAAGGCCUGACCCCAAUGAUUCCCCACCCCAGGGGGAGAAGGGGUGAGAUUCCCCCAACAUCACCCCCCCCUCACCCACUGACUGCCCCGUCCUCAGGAUGGUGGGGCAAUAUCCCCCCAGGGCUAGCCUCAGGAAUCUGGCAGUGUCCCCAGAUCUGACCAGGCUUCAUUUCUCUGGUAGAGGACAUCAGUGAAGGCAACACCAUGUCCUCCAACUAGGAGUCCCCCACGCCUCCCUGGUGAAUCCAGCUCUCGGGAGGCUGGACGGAGGCUGGGGUCACAGGGAUGCUCUCUAAUGAGGAGGUGGAGGCAGCUAUGUCCUGGAGGGACCGUCUCUCCCAGCCCCUCCCUUCCCUCCAGACGGGGGUGGUCCUGAGCCGGCCAGCAGUGUGCAGUCAGCCCGAUGCUGUCCUCCCUGUAUCAGAACUAAGUUACCGCUUCUGUGUGCUAGACGUAGGGUUAAUAUCAAUAGUAAAAACAACAGCUAACUUGUC